AUGCCAGUGGAACUGAAAGGGAACAUUUUAGUGACAGGGGCCAACAGAGGCAUUGGUUUGGAGCUGGUGAAACAGCUGGCAGAGACGACAGGACAAGAGGCUCACAUCUAUGCCUGCUCCAGAGAGCCUGAAGGAAGCAGAACUGAGGCACUGAGACAGUUAACCACCCGACAUCCUGGAAAGAUCACUAUAAUCAAGCUAGGUAAAAACAAUCCGCCUUCAUUUAACUCUGCAUACACUUCCAACCCCAUUUCCAAAUAUGUUGCAGAUGAGGAAAGUAUCUCAGCUGCUGUGCAGGCUGUGCAAGAUCAGAUCGGGGAUGGUGGGUUGAAUAUCCUUAUCAACAAUGCUGGUAUUAGGAAACCGGCCUUUUCAGGAGCAUUAUCUGCUACCAAGAAAAUCGACAUGAUGGAGGUGUAUGAAACCAAUGUGGUUGGACCAUUUACCAUUGCAAAGAUGUUUCUUCCACUCCUGAAAAAAGCAGCACAGAGGGAUUCUUCUGCAAAGGGCAAUGAUAAUAAAACUGCCUGCAGCUCAGCCAUCAUCAACAUCUCCACGGCUAUCUCAUCCAUAGAGAAAUGUCCAGAGACCUUCUCAGCAGCACAGAUGUAUCCUUAUAGAAUAAGCAAGGCAGCACUGAACAUGCUGACUCGCUGUCAAGCUGAAGACUUCAAGACUCACAAUAUAGUGGUGACAGCCAUACACCCAGGCUGGGUCCAAACUGAGAUGGGAGGAGAAAAGUCCACCCGCUUCCUUUCCAGUGACUUUCUUCUUUUGUGUGUCUGUUGUCUCCCACAGGCUCCUUUGACCACCGUGGACAGCGUACUUGGCAUGCUUAGUGUGAUAUCGUCACUUAGCAACAAAGACAGUGGGAUGCUUCUGGACUGGCAGGGCAACAGUAUCCCCUGGUAGCCGUCAUGUCAAAACCAGGCUAAUAGACAAUGUUUUCAGGUUAAAAUUCAAAUGAGAAAAACCAUACACGGAUAUAAACAUAAUAAAACAUUGAGGAGGAGAUUUUUAAAAUUAAUUUUAUUCUUUCUUUCUUUUUUAACAUGUACUAGAAGCUUUCUGCAAACUGAACUGCUGGCCACGGUUCACCAGAGAGGAAAUGAAAUGACUUCACAAUUUAUAAUCUGGCCAUGCUUAGAAAUGUGUCUGUUUUCAUUGCGGGGAGACAAUAAUUUCCUACAGUGGAAUAAAAUUUAAUCUGAAAUUUCAGACAGUAUUAUAUGUAAAGAUUCAUUAAUCAUAUUAACAUCUCUAUAAGCAUUUCAGCCAGUAAGCAGAGUUUAUAGUUUGGAGGUGGCAUAGAAAUGAUGGUAUACAGAGAAAAUUAGCACUGGAAUGAACAACAUUUGAACUUCAGAUGGUUGUUAAGGCGUCUGUGUUGUCUUUCACAAAGGCUGUGGCUUCCAAAUGCUCUGUAGUAACAGAUAUUAUUAAAAACAUGAGUGCUAACAGCUGGGGAAAUAAUUUUACUCUACAUGUUUGCUUCUGUAAUAAAGUGAUAAACCGGUUUUGUUCCCAACCUGUCACAUUCCCAUUAGUCUUUCUUGAAUGUCAUAAAAAUAUAACAAGACGGUUUUCCUUUAACUUUAAAAAAAAAAAAUCUACUAAUUUUCUCUUGCCGAGAGAGAAAUCUGAUAGCUGACCACGUGUAGCAGACUGAGAUCUUUGACGUUUAUACAUAUAACUGAGAUCAUCUUUGGUUAUUAGGAAAUUAUGGCAAAACAGAUACC